AUGGCUUUCAUUUUGUUUUAUCCAGCCGUAGCAGCUCUUGCUCUCUUUAUUAUGGGUGUUGUAAUUUUAAUAUUGCGAUUUGGGCCACGCCUUUGUGGUUUACGACAUCACGCACUUCCCGAUAAUCAUGAAUGGGAUGAAAAAAGUUAUGAGCACGAGAUUAGUUAUGCCUAAACCGCAAUAAUUUUUAUCUGAAUUGUUUAUAUCGAAUCCUACAUUCUAUCAAAUAACCAUAAUUCUAAAACCGUAAACAAUAAUUAAGGCGACACCCAUAUUGAGACAUAGUACAAACUUUGUAUAGCCGCAAACUCAAAUCAAUCUCUAAAUCAUUUUACAAGUGCCUUGGUCAAUCAACAUUUAUUCGAAUAUACAAUAAAUUUAUAAUGUAAUCAUAAGAUAUAGACUUUUUAAACCAUUCCGUCCAAAAGGGUAUUUUUAAAAUCAGAGCACAAUUUACAAUGCUCUAGUAAUUCUUUAAUUUUAAGAUGUAAGACAAUUUAUCAAUUUUUUAACGCCAUUUAUGUAAGCAUGUGCUGCACAAAGAAACAUAUUUCCAAUAAAGACAAUUAAAAACGUAAAUACGUAAUAAGA